AUGGAUUCGAUGUCAAAGUUUGAGCGUUGGGUGCUACCAAACGGCUGUCUUGCCGUGUCUACGUACGUUGUCGAUGGUGGGGGUGCCCUUGAAAUCCUUCCCAAAAAGCCUCAAGCUCAAUCGAGGCCGACCGACCAUGACGCUGCCGCGAACACGCACGCGCCCACUCGGUCCAGCGAAAUGGGUGGUACCACGCACCUCACCUCCCCCAAGAAGCGGUGUUGGGCAGACGGAUGCCUCCACUGCCUAACGCUAACGGUGAAGGGUGGCCUGCAGGUCUUGCCUGGUGCCGCUCACCCCAUUCCCUGCGGUGGAUUCUGGUUCCCCAGCCCAGCCCAGUCAUCCCAUGCCCUCGUCAGUUUCUUCUCUACCUACCUGCCGGCCUGCCUCACCCUCCCCUUGCCUUGUCUGCCUCCAACACCUCACAACCGCCGACGAGCAAACACGCUCGCUGCUGCGAAUCCCUUCGCUGCCACCAUCACCGAGCCUGCUUCCGUCCCCUCCCGUCCUCCGCUCUGCUUCGUCCCAGGCUCGAAAAAAAGUCCUUCUCUUCCCCCGUCGCCCAUCUCCCGGAUUGGCGUCCGUCUUGUCUCUCGUCGGAAGCGCAGCGUCGUCUCCCGUUCCGCUCGCAUUCCGCUCUCGCUCACGAGCCGGCCACCCGCGCUCUUGAAUCCUGUCACGCUCCUCACCCACCACCCUCACCCUCUGUCGCGCUGUCUCGUCGCCCGGGGAAAAGAGGAAAGACAAUCACGCAAGGAGAAGGAGACGAGAGGAGGAGCCAGAAUCGGCCCGACGCAGGCACAAGCUGCCAUUUCGAGAACUCCUGUGGACGAGACUGGGAUCUGGUCGAGCCCAGGUGGAACCGACAAUACCCUUUGUCGCACGCGAGACCCGCUCCAUAUGGACGCCGGUGGUCUGCACUAG